AAAAUAUAAAUAAUAAUCAAUUUCAAAUUCUUUCAUCCAUAAAUACGCUGGUAGAUUAUAUGAUAACAAAUCGAAACCUAACACAGUUGAGGCUUAAUACCUUUUAUUGCAAUUGAAUUAGAAAAAAAGAAGAGUAUUAUUUCCGAAAAUGAAUGCAACGAUUCAGGAAAUCGAAGGUAUAGAUGAUUAUUGGGGGCCGGCAUUCCGAUCCGUUUACGAAGGUGAAGGGCACGAAGCAUUCGUGCAACAACUAGAUGAUCGAAUAAAGCAACACGAUAAGGAAAUUGAGAAAUUGUGUAAUUUUCACUAUCAGGGUUUCAUAGAUUCUAUAAGAGAAUUGCUGCAAGUCCGUUCUCAUGCUGAAGAAUUGCAUGCUGAAAUAUCUAAUGUAGAUGCUAAUGUCAAAGAGACUACCGAAGCACUGUGCAUUAGAGCAGACGAAUUGAUCAGGGCUCGAAGAGUCGAACUGAACAUUGCGGCUACCAUUGAAAAAAUGGAACUGUGUUUACCUCUCCUCACUACUUACUCCAAACUCAAAUCCCAAGUAGAAGCCAAGAGAUAUUAUCCAGCACUUAAAACUCUAGAGCAACUCGAACAUGUGCUACUGCCACGAGUCGGUCCAUACAAAUGGUGCGCUCAGAUAUCUUCCGAUAUACCACGAUUGAGGCAGGCCAUACGAGAUGCUUCAAUGGCCGAUUUGAGGGACUUUCUAGAGAACAUUCGUAGGCUUAGCCCUCAGGUCGGUGCGAUGGCUCUGAAGCAAACUCAAGAUAUGAUGGGCAGAAGUUUAGCUAACAUAAUCAGUAAAAAAGAUAAAUCACAGGGCGUGACGGCCUCAGACGGUCCACAGUGUCCCCACGAGCUGGUAGACUUCAGUCCUCUGCAUAGGUGUCUGCACAUCCACACGGUCCUAGGAGCUAAGAAUGACUUCAUACAGUAUUACAGAUCUCAGCGCCGGCAACAAGCCCGCCUCGUAUUGAUUCCCUCGUCUGGCAAUCUCCACGACUCAAUCCAGGGCAUCAGGAACUAUCUGCACGCAGUCCUCGGCUUCUUCAUACUCGAGGAGCACUUGCUGACCGCCGGGGCCGGGCUGGUGUCCAAAGACUGGUUGCUGGACACCUGGGGCAUGUCGGUGACCAAGGUGGCCUCGACACUCCGGACCAACACGUCGCUAGUAACCGACCCUAACUUGAUGCUCAAAAUCAAGGAUCAAAUUAUGCUGUUCAUAAACACUCUCAAAUGCUACGGGCUGCCGACGGACCCGCUGCCGCUGCUGCUGCAGGAGAUGGCCGAGCACUACACCGAGGUGCUGAUGCAGCGGUGGGUCGGCGUCUUCCGGGACAUACUCGACAACGGAUCCUUCCUGCCCAUCGAGGUUCAAAAUCAAGAGGAAUAUGACAGCGUGAUGGACAAGUUCCCUUACGACGGCGAAGAGCUGGAGACGCAACCGUUCCCCAGGAAGUUUCCGUUCUCGUCCCUGGUGACGUCCGUGUACGUGCAAGUGAAGGAGUUCAUAUACGCGUGGCUGAUGUACUCGGCGGGGCUGGGGCUGGGCGGCGAGCGGCGGGCGGGCGCGGCGCGGCACUCCGCCUCGCUGCUGCUCAGCCGCUCCUUCGCCGGCUGUCUGUCGGCGCUGUUCCGCCGCCCGCUGCCGCUCGUGCAGCUCGUGCAGAUAAUAGUGGAUACGCAGUAUUUAGAAGACGCCACGGUCUGUCUGUACGAAUUCAUCAGCAACAUAACGGGCUCGGAACUCGUGACCACUCAGGCCGCGGGCAGCAUGUUCCAGGCAGCUCGCGACGACGCCGAGCAGCAGAUAUGCGACAAGCUGGAGAAGAAGGUGGACGAAUUCCUCGACUUAGAAAACUACGACUGGCUCUUAGUGGAGCCCAUCGGACAAGCCUCGUCCUUCGUGACGGACAUGCUCAGCUACCUGUCGGGGGUGCUGACGUCACUGGAGCAGCUGCCCGAGCGAGCCAGGGUCGCGGCGGUCCGGGCGGCAACGAACCGCAUCGCCACGCGACUCCGCGCCCUGCUGCUGGACCCGGCCGUCAAGCAGAUCUCGUCCGGCGCGCUGUACCAACUCGACCUGGACGUGAUCCAGUGCGAGCAGUUCGCGGCCGGCGAGCCUGUCCCCGGCCUCCGGGAGGGGGAACUGCUCGAGCACUUUGCUAGUCUGAGGCAACUACUGGAUCUGAUCACGGGCUGGGACUGGUCGUCGUACCUCCACGACGUCGGCAUCGACGGCGGAAAAUACACGCUCGUUACGCCGAAAGACGCUGCCACCCUGCUCGAGAAACUAAAGGAGGCCGAGCAGAAGUCUUCCGUCUUCUCUGUUCUGAAGAAAAACGAGAGAGACAGACGUAAGCUCCUCGACACCGUCCUGAAGCAACUGAAGCAGUUGCAGAAUCAGGAUUCUUGAAGUACGCAAGGCCCGAGCCCAUUGGCGCGGUGGUUGAGGAACAAGCGUGGGGUUCUGGGCUCUAUUUCCGGUUCCGGUCAGGGCUGUCUGCUGUGCGUGCCUUCGUUAGGCGCCGGAACCAAUAGGCGGUCUUCAAUGCAAAGCAAUUAGGCAACGGAAGCAAGCAUAUACAGGGUGGAUUCAAUCACAUAGAUAGCCAUGCGGAACAACUUAAAAAAAUACAAUAAAAGUCACAUGAGUAUAUAUUUAAAAAAAUUUUUUUGCUAUAAGCUAACUUUAAUCAAAUAAUUUAAUGUCACUAUCGAAUAAUAUUCUCACACAACAGUUUGUAUCACACCCUGUGUAAGUUAGCAUCGAAUUUAAUUUUGGCUUUUGGCAGAGGCUUGAAGCUUGUUAUUUAGAACAAAGUUUGGAUUCAAAUGACAUUGGAAAUAAAUUGACAAGAGUUUUUGAUCGUUUAAGGAGAUAACUUGUAAAUGUCCCAAGUGUUGCCAACGUUUACUGCAACGGUAACUAUUACUACCACAUGUUUCUCUCUACCUUCGUCAGAAUAUAUCUGAAAUAAAAAAAAAACAAUUCAAAUAAUAAGUCGAGAAUGUAUUUAAUCUGUGGUGCUUUGCUUUGAACGACGCAGUCGGAAUAGAGCUUCGAAUCGCGUUCGCUUUGUCAUAAAAUCUUUAUGUGUCUUUAGAAAUAUGUUUAAAUUGUAAAUAGAUGAAUACGUGUCGUUUUUCAUUAAAUUUAAUAGUAGCCAUAUAGAAAUCGGGAGAAAGCAACGAGUCGUGCUGUCCUCAGGGUACGGGGAAGGAUGGUACCAAUGAAAUUGUAAUUUUACAUACUGGACACGCCCAAUCUUGUUCCGAGAGAUCUUUUUUCCUCUACCUACGCCCAAAGUUCGGUUUUUCUUCCCGCUCUACAGGGAAGAAAGUCUAAUUUUU